GAGAAAAAGAACAAGAAAUGCGUCUCGUUUCCCUUGUCUAAUAUCGCGAGACUUGAAGGUUUUCUCUGUGGACUGUCGCGCGUCGAAGAUGGCUGCGACGGAGGCUCGACUCAAACACACAAUCUACAUCAACAACUUGAACGAGAAAAUCAAGAAAGAUGAACUCAAGAAGUCCUUGUAUGCCAUCUUCUCACAAUUUGGGCAAAUUUUGGAUAUCCUGGUGGCACGGACCUUUAAAAUGAAGGGUCAGGCUUUUGUGAUCUUCAAAGAGGUUACCAGUGCCUCCAAUGCUCUGCGUUCCAUGCAGGGAUUCCCUUUCUACGAUAAACCUAUGCGCAUCCAGUAUUCCAAUCAGGAUUCAGAUAUCAUUGCCAAAAUGAAAGGGACCUUUGUGGAGCGGGAUCGCAAAAAGGAGAGGAAGAGGCCUCCUAAACCCGAGUCGAGUGGUAACAAGAAGGCUGCUGCCAACGCGGCUGGAGGCGUUCCUGGAAUGCCUCAAAUGAACCAGGCCCGUAUGAUGCACAUGCCAGGACAGCCACCCUACAUGCCUCCACCGGGCAUGAUGCCACCCCCAGGGAUGCCCCCAGGUUCCAUGGCUCCUGGUCAGAUGAUGCCUGGCCAGAUGCACCAACAGGUUUCGGAAAAUCCUCCCAAUCACAUCCUCUUCCUGACCAACUUGCCCGAGGAGACCAACGAACUCAUGCUGUCCAUGCUCUUCAACCAAUUUCCAGGAUUCAAGGAAGUGCGUCUGGUUCCUGGUCGCCACGACAUCGCUUUUGUGGAAUUUGACAAUGAAGUCCAGGCAGGUGCCGCACGCGACUCACUUCAGGGCUUUAAGAUCACACAAAGCAAUGCUAUGAAGAUCUCCUUUGCCAAGAAAUAACAGGUGGGAGGAAACCUGCCUCUUCGCCGCUCUCACACAGGUCUGAGACUUAGUGACAUUUUUUAUAUAUAUACAAAGUUGUUCUCUUUUUUUCUAGGAUUAUUAUUAUUACUACUGUUAUUUUUUAAGUUCACCAGUUUAGCUGUGUUCAUAUUAAAGCAUUGCACCCAGCGUCUGGUCCCUCAGACAUCGUACCUGGAGCUGUUUGUGUUCAAAUAAAAACGUUAUCAGAGAUGA